UCUCCUAUCUAGGUUUGACCAAAAAAUUUACAUAGAAAAGCACAUGAACUAAGUGCUAUCACGUGAUGGUUCAUCUUCACCUCUGUUCUUUGCUGUCGUGGAAAUAAGAGAACUGAAAAACUUCUGAGCUCAGACGCUCCGAGGAUAAUCUAUGUUUAUCCUUGAACAACAUCAAUGGCAGCAAAUCUCCAUUUCACACUAUCACAGCUAACAUAGGACUUUUGGACUGUUGCUGGCCUAAAGACCAGUGAAGCCAACAAUGGGAAGUUUGCACUCAAACUUAACACAGAGGCUUCUUGUCUUACUUCUGUCUCUCUUGUUUCAUCUUAACCCUUCACUUGCAUAUUCGCUGAAAAACUGCAAUAUCAAUUAUUCUGAGAAUCCGUUGGCUGAUGUUUCUGUGGACUGUUCAAAUGGUCAACUUGUUUCUGUCCCUGAUGACAUCCCCAGAGAUGUGAUCUCAGUGCAACUCCUUAAUAAUAAGCUUCAACAGAUUAACAGAGGAGAUUUUGAUGGGAUGUCAAAGAUGAGAUUUUUGUCCCUGAGCAUGAAUCAGAUUGUUCAUGUGGACGAUGGAUCCUUCAUCCACUUGGUGGCGUUGACAACGCUCUACAUGAGCCUCAACAAACUCACCAAGCUGUCAGGCAAUGUCUUCCAGGGACUGUCCAACCUCACCAGGCUUGACCUCAGUAGUAACAACAUUCAGUUCAUUCAUACCUCAGCCUUUCAGCCUCUGUGCAGCCUACAACGUGUUUGGCUAGAACUCAACCAGCUCAAACAGGUGACUGACAUUCAGCCCAUCCUACAGCUGCCACACCUACAGAAGCUGAACAUUAGAGGUAAUCUGUUUCCCUCCUUUCAGUCCAAAGAUCUGCUACUGGACACGCCCUCAAGUCUCAAGGUAUUAGAUAUUUCUGAUUGUAAGUUGGAAAACUUCAGCAUCACAACACCAAUCUUUCCUCACCUUGAGAGUUUAGACCUUUCUCGAAGUGGCCAAGACACUGGACUGAAAUGGGACAUACCUGACAAGACUUUACUGAGGAACAUAACUCACCUGUAUCUUAGUUACCCCCUGAUUCCUUUUCAAGAGCUUCUAAAAGUCCUGCAGAGUCUCGACUCACUGAUGCAUCUGACGCUGAAUUAUAUGGAGAAAUGGAUCAAGAAAGGUCUGUUAGCAACAGUCUGCAAAAUACAGACACUUAGGAGGCUCGAACUGUUUUACAAUAACCUUGCCAAUUUCACAGUGAAACUUGUUACUUGCUCUCAGCUCAGUGACCUUGACUUGUCCCAUAUGCACACGACUGAACUACCUAAAGGCUCGAUACAAUCGAUGCAGCGACUGAGGUCCCUGAACCUCAGUAUCAACGCCCUCACCAAAGUGCCAGAUGAUAUCCGGAGCCUCUCCUCCCUCGAGAUCCUGAAUCUCGGGGGCAAUCUCAUUUCCAAAUUGAGCUGUGAGGAUUUCAUAAACGCAACAAACCUCACAGAUCUCGAUCUGAGCGGUAACCACAUCGCCCAACUGGAUGGGUGUGAAUUUAAAAAUCUUGACAAUCUGAGGGCUUUAGAUAUCAGUGGCAACUUGCUGUGGAUGUUUGGAGGCGUCUUCAAAAUUGGCCUGCAGAAGCUCGAGACCUUGGAUGUGAGCAACAACUUUGUAUCUCUUCUUGAAAAGGGUGAUUUUCAAAGUUUAGGGUCCCUGAAGUAUUUGGAUGUGGUGUUAAAUAACAUCGAAAGGAUAAAACAUAGGGCCUUUGAUGGACUGAACAGCUUGGGAAGUCUUAUAGUAUCUCUUCCACUGGAGUUUGAAAAUAACUUCAGAGAAUUACAGCAGUUGGAAAAUCUUACAGUCUAUCUGAAUACUGGCAGCAGUUUCAAAGGUACUCAUCCAGUUUAUCACAAAUCUCUCUAUCAUUUAAAGUCUUUGAAGGUUUUCACAAUAAUAUGCAAGGGCUAUCACGCUGGCUUCCCCUUAGAUGUACCGAUGCACAUCUUUCAUGCCAUGAAGCGUUUAGAGCACUUCACAGCUGACAAUAUCUAUAUCACCGCACCAGAUCCAGACACAUUUCAGUUCAACCCUCACCUCAAGAAUCUGACAAUCAGGAAUACUGAUUUGUCAGAUCUGGACCCUGGACUGUUUCUGCCGAUCCCAAACCUGCAGGUUCUCGAUCUCUCUUAUAAUCAAAUCAGGUCUUUGGAUUUUCUGACCCAGGCCAAUCUGCCAGCACUCAGGUGGUUGACACUGAGCUACAAUGAGUUGACAGUGAUCAAUGAGACGGUCUUUGAGUCCCUCCCUGCACUAACAUAUCUGGAUCUGGAUAACAACUUGUUCAUCUGUGACUGCUCUAAUGCUGGAUUUAUCCAGUGGGUGAAGAACAACGAACAAACACAGGUUGUUAAUGCCUACCAGUACGUCUGUUCCUUUCCUGAGGCUGAACGAGGAACCAAGUUGCUGGACUUUGACAUCCAGUCCUGUUGGAUGGACGUCGGCUUCCUCUGCUUCAUCUCCAGCUCUUGUCUGGUCGUUCUAACUCUGCUCUCGUCCUUCAUCUACCACUUUCUGAGAUGGCAGCUAGUCUACGCCUUCCACCUCUUCCUGGCCUUCCUCUACGACAGCAGGAGGAGGAGGAAGGGAGUUCCUCAUCACUACGACGCCUUCAUCUCCUACAACGUUCACGACGAGGCCUGGGUUCUCAAUGAGAUGCUGCCGGUGCUGGAGGGAGAGCAGGGCUGGAGGCUCUGUCUGCACCACAGAGACUUCCAACCAGGUAAACCCAUCAUCGAGAACAUUACAGACGCCAUCUAUGGCAGCAGGAAGACCAUCUGUGUGAUCAGCCGCCGCUACCUGCACAGCGAGUGGUGCUCCAGAGAGAUCCAGAUGGCCAGCUUCCGUCUGUUUGACGAGCAGAAGGACGUGUUGAUCCUGCUGUUCCUGGAGGAGAUCCCGACCCGGCAGCUGUCUCCAUACUACCGCAUGAGGAAGCUGGUGAAGAGACGCACCUACCUGAGCUGGCCUCAGGCCGGCCGACACACAGGAGUCUUCUGGCAGAACGUACAGAGAGCUCUGGAGACGGAGGACACUCCCACCGAGACCUCAGACCUCCUGACUGGACCUGAAGGACACUGAGAGACCACUGAUUGGAAUCAAUCAACCCUGGAGUCGUCUUAUAUUUCGUCCAAAUUACUGCUUGUACCAUGUUAUCUCUGUAAAGUAAAAGGCUUAUUAAUUGUAUCGACACAAAUAGAUUG